AUGAGCUGUUCCCCGAAGGAGCCGGAGCAGCUCCGGAAGCUUUUCAUCGGGGGCCUGAGCUUCGAGACCACGGACGAGAGCCUGCGCAGCCACUUCGAGCAGUGGGGCACGCUCACCGACUGCGUGGUGAUGCGGGACCCCAACACGAAGCGCUCGCGGGGCUUUGGGUUCGUCACCUACUCCUCGGUCGAGGAGGUCGACGCUGCCAUGAACGCGCGGCCACACAAGGUGGAUGGCAGGGUGGUGGAGCCCAAACGGGCCGUGUCCAGAGAGGACUCGCAGCGGCCCGGCGCGCACCUGACGGUGAAGAAGAUCUUCGUGGGCGGCAUCAAGGAGGACACGGAGGAGCAUCACCUGCGCGACUACUUCGGGCAGUACGGCAAGAUCGAGGUCAUCGAGAUCAUGACCGACCGCGGCAGCGGCAAGAAGCGCGGCUUCGCCUUCGUCACCUUCGACGACCACGACUCCGUGGACAAAAUCGUCAUCCAGAAGUACCACACGGUGAACGGGCACAACUGCGAGGUGCGCAAGGCGCUGUCCAAGCAGGAGAUGGCGAGCGCCUCGGCCGGCCAGCGAGGCAGCAAUUUCGGGGGUGGGGGCAGCUACAACGACUUCGGCAGCUACAACAACCAGGCCUCGAGCUUCGGGCCCAUGAAGGGCGGCAGCUUCGGGGGGCGCAGCUCGGGGCCCUACGGCGGCGAAUAUGCUAAAUGUACUGGGGGCAGCUUCGGGGGGCGCAGCUCGGGGCCCUACGGCGGCGCAGGCAGCAAUUUCGGGGGUGGGGGCAGCUACAACGACUUCGGCAGCUACAACAACCAGGCCUCGAGCUUCGGGCCCAUGAAGGGCGGCAGCUUCGGGGGGCGCAGCUCGGGGCCCUACGGCGGCGGCGGCUACGGCAGCUCCAGCGGCGGCGGCAGCUACGGAGGAGGGAGGAGGUUUUAACGGCCAGGAGCCGGAGCUGGGCGGGAGCCGGGGCGGCCCCUGGAGCCAGCGCCGGGCCAGGCAGAGCCCGGGACCCCCCCGGGACCCCCGGGACCCCCCCGGGACCGCUCUGGGUCCCCCGGGACCCCCUGGAGCCCUCCCGGGCUCC